AGUUAAAUUAAGAAAAAUUGUGAAAACAAAAGAGUUUUUUUCGUUGGAUGUCCAAUCGCUGAUAUUUCAAUCAUUCUAUUCAUAACGGUCCUCCAAUAAGAUAAGUUCAGCUUUAAAAUCAUUCGUUGAGUUCAAUUAAAAUCUAGGGUUUUUUCUCUUCUUUUCUUUUCAUGUAUGGACCCAAACACUUAACGCUUAAUACAACAAAGAAAUCCAUUCGACUCGCGACUUUCAAUUAGGUUACAGCCCUUUGUUUUGUAUUUUUUGUUUGUAAAUGUAGAUGGACAGCGCGCCUUUGUGCUCGGGCGAGUUUUCAAUAGAACGUAAAGUGGCAUUGUCUAGCUGUAAACAUUUCUUUUCAAUUUCUCGGAGAGCUUGGUGAAUUGAAUGUCAGCUCAAGUCAAACCUACUAAUAAACGGUUGCUGUGAGACUUUGUUGUUUGUCGUGCUUUAAUCUCUGUUCGUGCCAGAGUGAGGACACACUUUUCCACAUUUUCUUCGUUUUGGUGAACUUUGAAACAUUCGUGCCUGGAUAAUACUUGUUUCUUCGCUGGUUCUUCAUUUAAAUGACUUUGUUGUUGUGGACGUUAAAAAAACCCUGUUGCUGCUACAUAAAUAUUUCGCAAGUACUUAGUAAAGUGAAAUGCCAUGGCAAACUUCCAAUGUCAAAUCAAACGUGUAAAGUAAAUUUUGUAAACAACCAAAUGUACUGUUUAUUUGUUGAAAUGCAAAAAUGGUUUUUGGUUUCCUUGGCAAACGAGAUAUGCUCGAAGUCUUGUAUCUAUAUAUAACUUUAAUAAGAGAUCACUUUCGACAGUAAACUAAUAUAUAUAAAUAUAUUUUUCCUUAUUGUUUUGUUAUAAAACUUAUCAACAUAUUUUGGCUGUUGCCUAGUAGAUUUGUUAUAAAAAAAGAUAUCUCACAGCUUGUAAAAAUACCAUGAAAAUUCUAUACAUUAUCAAAUAAAAUGAUCUUUGAGAUUCUUUUUGUAAUAACCUUGUUCAUGUUUGUGUCCAAGUAGUUUAAUAAAAAAAUGGAGAUAGCGCAGAUUUAUAGAGAUGAAGCAACAUCACUGAACGUAAACAUUGUAAGCGCAUUGUUUAAGAUGCGGUCAGUCCUGUUUGGCGAUGGAAAUUAGGCGGCAGAGCGGCCUCACUGAAUCACCGUCCUGUGGCUUAGUAUGGUUAUGGUUUUAGCCCCAAAUAGAUCCCCCACUGAUAUGGAACACCAAAUUCCUCAAUACAGAUGCAGUAAAAAGAGCGAAAAAAAAUCUGGUUCUAAGGAAUCCCCCUUUGUAAUGGUUCGACCCUGCAGCGAGCUUGACUGGAGCUCGCCAUUUCAGCACCAUAAUUGUGUUGGCGCGGUGGGCAAAUUAAUUAACACGGCGCGAAACUGUGGACCAAUCAGCGAGCUGCUGGUGUAAUUAGUUGGUGUGGUAACCGCGGCAACGUCAUAGACUCAAAAGAGAAUGACGAGGAUCAUUAACAAGCGUCAGCUGACCACGUGCAGCCCAUGUCAGUGAGUGGCGGCAGUAUGUUAACACCUGCAAAACUACGGCUAAUUUUCAUCAGUGCAGACUGAUGACAGUUCACUUCCUUUAGCAAUGAUGAUUAGGAGUUAAUUGAAACAGCUGACGAAGACUACUAAAGCGCUGAUUUGUCAGCGAGAAGAUAGUAUCUGAGAAUCAAAAUUCCCUAGACCGCCCCUUAUCAUAACAUCGCUAUCCAGCUGCCAGAUUGGCUCGUGGCCUGUCAAUCAAUUUGACAAGAGUAACGCAACGCUUGGGUCAUUAAUCAAGCAUGUCAGCCUCUUGAACGUCAUUGGUCAGGAGUGGAUCUAGUGCCAGUACACACUGCCACCAAACAUCUUACACACAACGUAAAAACUUCGGCUCAAAAUUUACGUGUGCUCUUGUGAUCAGUGUUGGAAACUCGAGAUCACCUCUCAUCACGCGUCUCGUAGCGAGUACAUAAUCAAAGUUCAUAUCAACUGACUAUUGAUUCAUCAACUGCAACUUAAGGUUCUUCUCGUUUAUUUCCAUUUAAAUAACUCUAACAUUAUGUCGGCGUCGGCUAUUUUAACUUCGACAAAUCCCGUUUCUGGAAAUGUAGCCACGAAUGGGAAUGAGAACUCAAAAAGUAACUGUAAUGCGGACCGAGUCAAGCGACCAAUGAAUGCCUUUAUGGUCUGGAGUAGAGAACGAAGACGUAAAAUGGCCCAAGACAAUCCAAAGAUGCACAAUUCUGAGAUAAGCAAACGAUUGGGAAUUCAGUGGAAACAGUUAUCGGACGGCGAGAAGCGUCCGUACGUAGACGAAGCAAGGCGGCUCAGGGCAUUGCACAUGAAAGAGCACCCAGAUUACAAAUACAGACCACGGAGGAAAGGGAAAACUCUGAUGAAGAAAGAUAACAAGUAUGCGUUAUCCAUGUUAAGCGGACCACAGGGGCAGGUUCAAAGGACCGUAGGACAAAACCCCGCGGAACAUUUUGCUCAAAUGAACGGAUAUAUGUAUAACGCAGGCAUACAGCCCUACAAUCCWGGAGACCCAUAUAAUAGCUUGUAUAGCAGUCAUGCACUAUCGCCACAUACUCCAACRCAGCUACAGCCCUCCAUGAACGGCCUUCCUUCUCAUGCGUCGUACUCGAUGACAGCCGCACAAAUAUAUCCCCCGGCCAGUGUCAUAACUAGCCAGCCCGCAAACUACACAGUCAAUGGCAAUUCUGGCCCAGGUAUUAUGAAUUCACUAACACCACCUUACACRCAGCGGAAUAGUCCUACAAUGCCUAUUACGAUCAAACAAGAAAUGCCGAGUCCGAAUGGAAACCCGCCGGUUAGCCAAAAUUGUGCGGAUCAACUCGGGGACAUGAUCAAUAGAUAUCUUCCACCAAGCGAGAGUCCUGUAGCUUCUACAAAUUCAACUGGCAUACCUACAUCAAGUAUCGUUCUAUCAGGACGUUAUUCUCAGCCACAUCAAUGGCAGCAGGACCACAACAGUAAUCUUCAGCCGUCGGGUCAUCCAAAUAUGAACGGGCCUCCGACUGUCUUAAACAACAUUUCAGGAGUUCGUGGAACUAUGCCACUUUCUCAUAUGUGAAAGACAAGUCAACAUUUUGUUCAACGAACUUCUAGCACGGUAAAGUUCCUAUGUUUUUACCUAUUAUGAAAAUUUCUUGCCUCGACUGUUGGACGCUUGCUGUCCAAUCACUCAUUCAGUUAGAAAUCUUACGCGAAAGAAUUUUGUAUGAAGAACUGAUUAUUAUAUAAACUCUCUUAUCUCAAUGGUUUUAUGAAUAACUUCGUUGUUUGAAUCCAACUUUAUUGUGAACUUAUCAAAGAAACAUUUGCUAGUAACAAAUUGUAAAUUCAUAGUCCAAAUGAGCUGAAGUUUGAAUAUACUAAUGGAAAGUUUGCUAGACUUUCUGAAAACUCAUGUCAAGAAUAGCACGUUCACCGUAUUUAUUGUGUACAGGUCGAAGUUUAGUGAAUUAUGCUUGUAUAUAUGAGAGUAUAAACGUCARACACAGCGUAUGUUCUCUAUUUUCCAUUUGAAAAACAAAAAGCACAUUAAAAAUUUCCAAAACUUA